CUGUACUUUGACCAAAUGGCAGUAAGACUUGUUAUCUCUUACGUAGUUGUGUUUAUUAACAUGAGAAGAAUUUGGAUAGACUGGGAUCCACAAAUUCAUCUUUGCAAGAGGACAAACAAAAAAUUUUCUAGAUUUCCUUCAUUAGGACCACUGGCUAUUGAAAAUCAACUCAGGAACAAUCUAGCACAACAGGUAUCAAUGGAGUGCUCCACAGCAAUCGUAUUUUCGCAGCUCUCUUUACUCCCCUCAAGACUUCAAACAGAAACUAGAGCUAAUCCAUUCAAGUCAUGGAAAGAGAGAACUCGUCAAUCUACUCGUUUCCAGUGUCACAAGAUGUAUGUUCCUGGAUUUGGGACAUCACCAGAAUCUACAGCAGCCCAACAUUUACAUCACUUCUUCAAUUUUAUUGCUGUUAAAAUUGUUGCUGCACAGCUUCAGGGCUACAAUCCUGAGGCAUACGAGGAGCUGAGGGAGUUUCUGGAUAGAAAUUCAUUGAAUGAUGGGGAUAAGUUUUGCGCUGAUUUGAUGAGGGAAUCCCCAAGGCAUAAAAAUCUAGCGUUGCGGAUCUUAGAGGUUCGAUCAGCAUACUGUAAAGAUGACUUUGAGUGGGAUAACUUGAAGCGCCUAGCGUCAAAGAUGGUGGAUGAUUCUAAUAAAAAGCUUAUGAGGGAUUAUAUUGUGGAUACUAGUUGCAUUGCAGAUGGAAAGCAAAUAUGCAACUAGACAAACUCCUUAAACUUUGCUUGAUCAGGAUGUAUUAUAUGAUACUACAGAAAAUACACAUUUCUAAGGUUUACAUUACCCCAAAACUUGAUGUGUCCUUAGCUUGUAGAUUCUUGAUGAAUGGGGUGUCAUAUAGUAUUGUAAUCAAACUGAAAAUAUAAACAUUUUAUAGCUUACACUACUACAAUAGUCAAUAAAUCUGGAUAUGUGAUGGAUUAUCAAUGCUUCAAUUGUCAAAAGAAACAAUGAGUCGAGAAUAUGUGUGUUUUCACUUA